AAUUAGUACAACCUCAUAUGAUUUCCGAAAUUAUAGUAGAUGACAUAGUCAAAUAAAUAAUACAUAAGGCCCGAAAACUGAUAAGAGAACAUAAAAUAGACGCAAAGAUUCCGUCAUUUUUGAAAUGCGAAUCUAUGCAUUAGAUUAAGUAAUAGUGACAUAAAUGAAAGAUCAGCUAUCAAUAUUUACCAAGUUGAUUGCUAGAACUCUUCAAUUUUAUUGGAUGACCAGGAAUAUAAUAUAAGACCAACCAUAGACUCCUUUUAGGCCUUGACACUCAAACUAGUAGAUAAACCAACAAUAGAUUUAGGAGAAUUGAAUUAAAAUUUUUCUUUCUCCGAUCACACCACAACUAAUAAAUCCCUCGUUAGAAAAUUCUCUCAUAAAAAGAAGAUAGAUGUUCAAGUUGUAAAUGUGAAGGAACCUAAGCCAAUUGAAUAAAAAUAAUAAGAUCACUAAGAAGUCUAUAAAAAAUAGAUGAAUACUAACAGUAUUAAUCGACAUUCUCUGGCGAUGAAACAAUAAAUCAGAGAUUUGACAAGUAGUAAAGUAUAAAUUAAAUAGAGCACAUGUUCGUUGAUAAUUUCGAUGCAAAUGAAUACAGAAAGAAAAUAUAAUAAUAGGCAGAAAACUUAGAGAAGGAAAUGAAAUAAUGUGAUAGAUCAUUUCAGAUCAAAAAAGUAUCUGAAAAAUCCAUAGAUAAUAGUAGUAAUUUGAAUCAGACUGUCAAGCCAACGACAGCUCCUUAAGGUUAGAGAAGACCUCAAUAUAUUAUAAAUAAAAAAAUGAUAGAUUUAAAUGUCACUUUGCCUUAGUUCAAAAGAUAGUUAACUCCAGUAGAUCAUAAACGAACCUCUAAAGUUCGAAAUGUGUCUGUGGCCUGA